AUGGAUGCCAACAAAGCUUCCCAACCCGCUGAAAAGGUAACUGCCCUGACAAAGCCACAGAGCGUUUCGUUGUGCCCGCGGAUUGCUAAUUUCUUACCGUGCGUGCUCACACAGGCCGCAAACUCGUUCGACCUGGGCAAAUUCAAGUUUGACAAAGGGAAAGGCAAAGGCGUACAGGACGACAAAGUCAUCGAGGCUCGUACAAAGCUGGCUAGAGCGAUGGCGGAACGAUUGGUGAACGGGGGCAGUUUGCGACAGAUCGGGUUCCAGAACAAUAUGACGGGGGACCAGGCAGGGCGGUUGAUUGCCGAACUUGCUCUUCAGGCCUCGAAGAAGAAGACGGAGGAUAGUCCAAAGGCGUGA